AUGGUUCCUGUGUCAUUGCCUUCAGAGACCAUCACUGAUGACGUCAAAGCGACAAGAUCAAUGACGUCACUAAAUGUCAUCUGCCAGAUGGCCAAAAUAAUAGUUCUCUUUAUGGGAAAGGCUUGGCUUCGAUGCGUGAGGCUUCAUUCUCGACCCAUUGUGUGGCUGACGUCGAGGAGGGGUCCUCUGCGCCCACUCCGCCCUAAUUCCGUUCUUGUCUCCACGCCCGGCCUCGCCCACACGUCUGUGCCCGCCCACACGUCUGUGCCCGCCCACACGCCCGUCCCCGCCCACACGCUCGUGCCCACCCACACGCCUGUGCCCGCCCACACGCUCGUGCCCAUCCACACGCCUGUGCCCACCCACACGCCUGUGCCCGCCCACACACCCGUCCCAAUCCUACACACCUGUCCUCGCCCACACGCCCAUCCCCAUCCUAAACGCUCGUCUCCGCCCACACAUCCGUCCCCGCCCACACUCCCGUCACCGCCCACACACUCGUCCCCCCCACACGCCUGUGCCCGCCCACACACCCGUCCCCGCCCACACGCCUAUGGCCGCCUACACACCCGUCCCCAUCCUACACGGAGAGCACCCCAGUCUACAUCAGUUCCCCCUGAUGGACGCGCCACAACCCUCCUUUCAGGCCCUAAAUACUUCCUUAUAAACCCAUCUUCAGCCUUUAAGAAAGCUUUCAAUAUCUUCCAUGGCGCUAUUGAACCUUCUGGAUUUUGCUUCUUUUAUAUCAUAAUUCCCAUACGGAUAUAUUAG